AUGUUUUUAAUUUUUAAUUAUCUUAUCAUCUUUGUUAAAGAUUUAUCAAUGGCAACAUCUCGCGAACAGUCACCAGAUGAUGAUGAGAAAUCCGCUACUGUAGAUUCUCCUCAGGCUAAUGUUAAACGAGAAUCUCGUAAAGAUUAUAAAAAUUCUCCAUCACCAAAAAAAUUAAGGAAAAGUAAAGAACAUAGUAGUAAAGAUGAUAAAAAAAAUAAACGUAAUUCUAGAAGAAGUAAAAGCCGUGAAUCUAGUAAACGUGAAAGAAGUAAACAUUCUAGUAAAUAUUCAUCUAAAAAAAGUAACGAUUCUAGUGAUCGAGAUAUUCAAAUUCAUUAUUCAUUAAGGCCAAUUUGGGAUAAAUUAGAAGAAAAUCCAAAAAAUUUUGAUUUAUGGGUUGAAUUAAUUACUAAAAGUGCAGAAAAUAAUAUUGAUCAAAGUAUGGAAUUAAUAUUUAAACGCUUUUUAGAAAAUUUUCCUUAUUGUUAUGGGUAUUGGAUUCAAUAUGCCACAUACAUUAAUAAUAGAGAUGGUCCAAAAGAAUGUUUAUAUAUUUAUCAAAAGGCGGUAAAGGAAUUUCCUAUUUGUGUUGAUUUAUGGAUGUCUUAUUUGCAAGUUGCAAUGGAACAUUAUAUGAUGCAACCUGAUGGAGUAACAGAUAUUCUCAAAAUUAUAAAUAAAGCUUUAGAGGAAUGUGGAAUGGAUUUCAAUUCUGAUAACUUAUGGAUCUCUGUAAUUGAUUGGGAAGAAUAA